AUGCGCACAGCCCUCCUCGACCCUUCCCAAGGCUACUAUGCUUCUGCAAAUGCAGACGACCAGGGAAGAGAUGUACUGGGUGCAAGGGGAGACUUUAUUACUUCUCCCGAGAUCAGUCAGGUAUUCGGUGAGCUACUGGCAGUCUACUUUGUCGCCAGGUGGCAGGCAGUGGGAAGUCCAGAGCAGAUGAGAUUGGUCGAGUUUGGACCGGGAAAGGGAACAUUGCUUGCUGAUAUGAUUCGGACGUUCGCCCGAUUCCCGAUCCUGAAUUCCCUCAAGACGAUUCAUCUGGUGGAAACUUCAGAAGGUCUGAUGCGAUUGCAGCUCAGAGCUAUAGAGGAGGCUCUCAAGGCAGCAGGCAAGAAGAUUGCCAUGCCUCCAUCAGAUCCUGCCGUGCCUGCGCCUCCCCUCAAGGACAACGAAGUCUCCGUCGAGUAUUUUCCCUUGGUAGAUGCUGUACCCGUCAAGCCCGACCAAUGGACUGCCCUCGUCGGUCACGAGUUCUUCGAUGCUCUUCCUAUCCACAUCUUCGAGAAGACGAUCAAGGGCUUCAGGGAAGUCCUGGUGGACGUCAAGCGCGAGACUGUGUAUCGGAGUGCCUCCAGCAAUUCGCCAGAGACCACGCAGCAGGCUGGUCAAUCGGGCGUUACUACCAUCAAAGUCUCCGACCUGCGUCGGAACAAGACCACUUCCUCAUCACCCGGCUCCGCCUCUGGCACUGCAACUAGCGCUGGUCCUCCAGAAUUUCAGUAUGUCCUCUCACCUACUGAGACACCCUGGACGAAGCUUCUUGCCUCGUCCAACCCGCGCUUCAAGUCUCUACAGCCUGGACAGAGGGUGGAAAUCUCACCAGAGAGCUGGGCCACGGCUCGCAAGAUUGGGGAGCUCGUGGCAGGGAAGAAGGCCAAGGUUCCAGAGGAGUCGAGGAAGCUGAUGGGGCGCAAGGCAGAAGAGGAGCGCGAGGAGGCAGACGCUGGUGAAAGCUUGGGAGGCGCGGGGCUGAUUGUGGACUAUGGAGAUGAGAAGGCCUUCGGUGGCUCGUUCAGAGCCUUCAAGUCCCACGCAGUCGUCUCACCUCUUCAAGCCCCCGGCCAAGCAGACUUGACAGCCAACGUGGACUUUGCCUAUCUCAAGAAUGCUCUCGCAACCACUACUGCCCGCUCGCUGGGUCCCAUGUUCCAGUCUCACUUUCUAGCCACACUAGGUCUCGCACCUAGGGUCGAGGCACUAGUAAAGGCAGCUGGCGACAGCGGGAGCGGUACUGGAAGCGGGCGAGCGAAAGAGAUUGAGUCGAGUGCCAAGAGGCUGGUAGAUCCGACGGGGAUGGGAGCGCAAUACAAGGUGCUCGGAAUUGAGGGCGGUGCAGGGCAGGAGGUUUGGCCGUUUGACUUUGAAGAGCAGCUGAGAGCUUCUGCGAAGCCGUAUAAGAAGGAAGAGGAGAAGUAG